GCCAAGCUUCUUUUUCGCAGCUAGCAUAGCAUUGGUGUCUAAGAAGGUAGCGGUUUUCUUUUAUAAUAUUAAAAAAAAAAGAAAAAAAGAAAAGCAUCUGUAAUUUUUCUCCUAUCAUAAAUAUAAACUAAGGAUGCAGGGCAACAGAGGGCCGCGUCCCGAUCAGCAAAACCACGGGCCUCCCCGACAGAACCCAAUGGAUAACCAGAGAAGAGGUCCAAACUCCAACAGCAACGGGCAGCAUGCCGAAUCCGGUGAACCGCAGAACACAAAUUCUGCUGUGACAAUAGACCUGCAGAGCUUCCGGAAGCCAGGCGAGAAGACUUACACCCAGCGUAGCCGGCUCUUCGUAGGCAAUCUCCCAGCUGGUGUGACAGAGCAGGAGGUGGAGAAGCUCUUCUCCAAGUAUGGAAAGCCAUCAGAAAUUUUUAUCAACAAGGAUAGGGGAUUUGGCUUCAUAAGGCUGGAGACGAGAACCUUAGCAGAAAUUGCCAAAGCCGAGCUUGAUGACACUCCGUUCAGGGGCAGACAGCUUCGUGUCCGCUUUGCCACCCAUGGAGCGGCUCUCACAGUGAAGAACCUGCCUCCGUUCAUCUCCAAUGAGCUCCUGGAGGAGGCAUUUUCCAUGUUCGGACAGAUAGAGAGGGCCAUUGUCAUUGUGGACGAUCGUGGGAGGCCAACUGGGAAGGGCAUUGUGGAGUAUACAGCCAAACCCGCUGCCCGGAAAGCGCUGGAGAGGUGUUGCGAUGGAGCUUUCUUAUUGACUGCGUUUCCCAGACCUUUGACAGUGGAACCCAUGGACCAGUAUGAUGAGGAUGAGGGUCUGCCAGAAAAACUCAUUAGCAAGAACCAGCAGUAUCACAAGGAGCGGGAGCAACCUCCACGGUUCGCGCAGCCCGGCACAUUUGAGUACGAGUAUGCCAUGCGCUGGAAGGCCCUGAUGGAGAUGGAGAAGCAGCAGUAUGAGCAGGUGGAGAGGAACAUCAAAGAAGCACAGGAGAAGCUGGAGGCUGAGAUGGAAGCAGCUCGGCAUGAGCACCAGGUCAUGCUCAUGAGGCAGGAUCUGUUGAGGCGCCAGGAAGAGUUGAGGAGGAUGGAGGAGCUUCAUAACCAGGAGGUGCAGAAGCGUAAGCAGUUAGAGCUGCGCCAAGAGGAGGAGCGCCGCCGACGUGAGGAGGAGAUGAGGAUGCAUGGCGAGGAGAUGCUGAGGAGGCAGCAGGAGGGCUUCAAGGGCAGCUUCCCUGAAAAUAGGGAGCAAGAGUUGAGGAUGCACAUGGCUGGUCAGGCAAUGGGCAUGAGCCGAAAUCCCAUGGGAGGGAACCCUGUCCCUACUGGAGCUGGCAGCAUGCCUGUGGAUUCUGCCCCCUUAAUGCCGGGAGUGGGAAGCAAUGCCAUGCCUGGAGGGGGACAAGGGGCCUUUCCCAGAGGUCCCCCAGUGCCAGCUGACUUUGGUCCCAACAAGCGUCGCAGAUUCUAAACUACCCACAACACUUUUUUAAAAAAAAAAAAGAAGAAAAAUUUUUUGAAACUUUUUACGUUCUCCCCUUGUAGAAUAUUUUAAAACUUCAUAUUCUUGUUUCUUUAUAACAUACCCCAUUAUGGAAUUUAAUGGGUGUAGCUUCAUUUAACUUUUGGGUUCCAUUUUUAUUGUAAACAUCUUGUUGCGCCCAAUGAUGUAUAGAUUACUAUACAGUGGGCUGUACUCUAAUAACAACCCCCUCCCCCCACCCUUACAACCCUGUAAGACUUUUUGUACAUUUCCCCAGACGUUGGAUAUUGCUGUAGACUGUGCUUUUUCACGCCGGUUUCAUUGAAUAAAAUACAUGCUUUUCUUGACCUCUUUAAAUAAAUACUGA